AUGUCAUUAGUGCAGCUGCGACCACUACCCACUCACUGCCUAAAAAUGUCAAGAAGUAGAUCAAUUGCUGUACAAUAUAAUGAUCAGCUGUACCGGAGCCCUCUCCUAGUGAAAUCCCUUACUGGCGCAGUGCUUUCAUCCAUGGGUGAGCUGAUAAGUCAAUGCACGGUAAGUGUUGCCGCUUCAACUGGAAAUCAUGAAGAAGACGCUGAAAAAGCAAGUCUACAUGCACCUAAUAAGAUUAGGAAAAUACUAGCUGACUUGAAAUUAUCAAAAGUUUUUUUUAUGUUCUGCUAUGGCGGUCUUAUAAAUGCCCCAAUAAACCACUACAUGUAUGGAUGGAUCACUAAUGCCACCAAUAAACGGAUGAUGUCUGCCAGGAUCAAAAAAACGGUUCAGUUGCUAGCAUCAUUAUCCAUGGUUGCGCCGUUGCAGGUACUAUUUCUUGUAAGCACGCUCACGCUGCUAAACUCUAAAGUUAAUAAUGACAUACCGGCAAUGUUGAGAGCCAUUAAGCAAGGAUUGAAAUCAAAAUAUCUCAAGAUAUUAACUUCGAGCUGGGUUAGUACAUCCGUGUUAGUAUCGAUAGCUCAGAAUUUUAUUGAACCGGAAAAAUGGUCCAUAUUCUUCAGUUUCGCAUAUGCCUUCCUUGGAACGGCUCAAAAUAUAUUCCUAAAAUUGAAGGAUGAACCUUCGAUCAAGAAAGACAAUUAG